AUGACGUCGCCGAUUUGUGGGUUGGAGCUCUGGCCGGCAAGUGAGCGAGACACUAAACUCUCACAGUAUCUCUCUCUAGCAUGCCAUCCAGGGGAGUCUGGGAAGCCUGGUUCCAAGGUUUCUGUUCCAGGCCCUCCUGGUCAAAAAGGAGACCGGGGAGCGAAAGGAGAAAGAGGACAAACUGGGAAGUCUGGGGUGAAGUACGUUCGCUGGGGUAUAAUUGGCGGUGAUCGUUAUCGCCACCAUGGCGGCGGAGUAAAUUAUCUUUGCCUUCCAAACAAUCCAAAGUAUGACAAGUACAAAAAUGGAUUUCAGAACGCAGGAUACGUGUAUGGCACUGAGUAUGAAGUCAGCGGUUUCAACCCAUUUAAGAAAAACCUGCAGGACCAUGAGGCACCGUGUGCUGUUUGCUUCGUCAAGUCACGUGGCUCAAUGCUUAUGAUGCCCGCAAGGAAUGAUUGUCCAUCUGGCUGGACCGUGGAGUAUCAUGGGUACCUGAUGACUGAAUACUACAAGCACAAAAAACAACGUGACUACAUAUGUGUUGACGAGGAUGCAGAGUAUGUUCCCGGUACCCAGGCCAACAAGGAUGGUGCGUUACUGUACCCUGUGGAAGGAGAGUGCGCAGGCUCACUUCCAUGCGGCCCGUAUGUCAGUGGGAGAGAGUUAACGUGCGCUGUAUGCACCAAGUGACCCAAGACUACCAUUACGUUGAAAACUAAGGAUACAGAAAAAGUUUUGAACGGUGAUUUGUGUGAUUAAAUGUAGCAUAAAGAUGAAUCGAAACUUGAUACUUUAGUCAAAGAAGUAGAUCAUGAUGAACUCUGCGCUUUUACUCAAAAGUAUCGAACUGAUGAUUUACAUGAAUGUAGAAAAAAAUAGCGCUAAUAAACUUAACUAUAAGAUCACUGAAAAAA